GUUGGCUUCCUGGAGUGUGUGAGGCGAAAGGGAAAGAAAGGUGUCCUGUGGCUGCGGGUGGUUUUGUUCUGGGUCGCUGCGGCUCUGGGGCUGGGUGCAGAACGAUGAGCGUCGUGAGGGGGCGGAGGACCACCGGCCGCAGUGAAACCAUCUUCCUGGUCCCUUCCGCGGUGGCUCCGUCGCACUGUUGACUUGUGUGACCGGAGAGGAAAGGAACUCGGCGAGGGUCCGCCCACUUCUGCGACGAGCCUGCUGGCCGCAGCUGUCAUGGAUGAAUUAGCCGAAGAUGACAUUGAUAUUUUGAACCAUGAAAAAGCAGACACUCAUCAUAAACAAGAUGGAGAAAUUCCUGUUCCAGUGUAUACAGGUGAAGAGUCUGUUGCUUCACAUUUUGCACUUGUCACUGCUUAUGAAGAUAUCAAAAAACGACUGAAAGAGACUGAAAGAGAGAACUCACUUUUAAAGAAAAGAGUAAGACUGUUAGAAGAAAAGUUUCUUGGCUCCCACCUGGAAGAAGGAACCAGCUCAGUUGGUCGUGAGCAGGUUAACAAAGCUUAUCAAGCUUAUCGUGAAGCUUGUAUUGAACGAGAUAAUCUGAAAAGCAAACUGGAUAAAAUGAUGAAAGAGAACACUGAAUCCCUGAAAAUCUUGAAUGAGCAGUUGCAGUCUAAAGAAGUGGAGCUCCUACAACUAAGAACUGAAGUGGAAACUCAACAAGUGAUGAAGAGUCUGAAUUCAAACCCUUCUAACUGGGAAAUAGACAAGCUGAAUAAUGCCCUGAAAGUGCACAGUUUGGAGCAGGAUUUGGAGAAGCUGAGGGAAGAAUGCAAUGAUCUUAGAAAAGAAUUGCAGACAUCUAUACAGAAGGUUGAAUCCCAGGAAGGAACUUUAAGAAAUGGAGAGUUUGUCCCACAGCAGAAUAUUCAUAGUGAAAACGUUCAGCAAGCAUAUUGGGAAUUGAAGAGGGAGAUGUCUAACCUGCAUCUGGUGACAGAAGUGCAAGCUGAAAUGCUGAGGAAACUGAAACUGAUCCCAUCUGCAACCAAGAAAGAGUCAUCCUGUACUGCUGUUCAGUGUAUUGAAGACCUUGAAAGCGACACCACAAAUCUACAUUUUGCAGCUUCUGGAGCAACAUACAAGAAGAGGCUACUUCCACCAAGUGACCAAGUUUUCAGCAAUGCUGUGUCUUCCCCAUCAUGUACUGAUGAGAGACUUUGUGUCUCUCCAUUUCAGGAACAUAACUCCUACGGAAAGAGCUCUCUGGAAGAUAAUUCUUGGGUCUUCCCAAGCCCUCCAAAGCCUAGUGAGACGAUGUUUUGGGAAAUGAGAAACAGAGUGUCUCACUUAAACUUUCCAGAAAACAAUUUAGAUCAGUGUAACCAAAAUUGCCUGCACAAGAGCUAAGAACUUUAGGAGGAAGUUGAUAAAGCUUUGAGUAGGCUCAUGUAUGUGUAAGCAGAAAGUAGCGAAUGUGAAGGAGGAGGAUGAAAGUGCAGCAGUCCAAGCUGAAUCUUACUCUUUCCCUGUUAUCUAUAUUUGAAAGCAGUCCAGUGAAAUCAAAAGGAAUGGUAUAUGAUGAAAUCAAUCAGUCUGCACUUCCGAUUGCACACCUGCAAAUUACUAGAGUAUUAAGCCUUGGAGUAAAACAAAAGCUGUACAUUGCAGCUAAUUGUGUGAAUAACAGUGCUUUGAAAUACAGUAUUUUCAGGCAUUUCUAUAAGAUGUGAGAAUAUCCUCUUUUUUGACAGUAUGUCUCCUCUUUAGGCUUCUCAGGUAAAAAAAGGAACGUGAUUUAGCUUUUACCUCUAUUUCUGAAGCAGUUACUGGGUUUUCCUAAUGAGUGGUGUGUACUGGGAGGAAAAGGUGAACAAAUGAAAUUAUUGUGACUUAUGUAAUAAGCCAAAUAACUAAAAUUCCUUGUCUCAACUAUGUGUCCUCAUUAACCUUACAAUGAAGAAUCUGACAUAGUAAAAAACUGAGAUUCUCUCAAAUAUUAUGGUAAAGUCUGCUAUUGCUCUACGAAUGGCUAAUGGCAUUAUGUACUUAUUGCUACCUGUUCUGGGUUACCCUAACCAAAAUUUAGUGACCAUUUGGGUGCCUGUCUGCCAGUUACCAAAAUCUUUGCUUUAUAACUCCUAAGCCCAGUAACUUUGCUUUGGUAUAAAAACUCCAGGCGCCUUAAUCUAAGCAGGAAGAACUGUAAUAUUCUAAAUUGCAUUUAAUCUUUUUUGUAACUGAUAUACUAUACUUAAUAAGAUUCAUCAGGAUCCAAAUGUUAUGUACGUGGGUAACUCUGCAUUCAAAUACUUUUUAAAUCUUGGCUCCCUACCCUAUAUUACUGAUUAGUUUGUAAUCAAUAUUUAGUAGUAAAAACUCUUAAACCAUAAUGAACUACUUCAAGCAAAGAAGACUGGAUGCCUUUAGAAGUAUAUAAAUCAACAGUUUCCAGUGCUACUUUUUCACACUUGGCUUUUAAAAUGCAAGGAGGGUGAUGGUCUCCCAUAUUGGAAAGUUCUGAUGAGGACCUCACAACACAAUGUUGGACAAGCUGUAUGUUUUGCUAGUUCAAUGCCAGACUCUCAUCGGAUCAUUCCAGUAUUUACAGAUUCAUGUCUACUGCUGUUUCUUCUUUACAUCCUCAUGUGCACAUGGACAGGGAAAAGUAAUGGACCUGAUAGAUGCAUGUUCCUAAAUGAUGAUAAAUGACUUGUUCUGGAGCUGUGUAGAUAUGUUCCUGAGCAGCACAACCAUAUCAUUGGCGUACUCUGAAGGAGGGAAAAGUGUGUCUUUCCUUUCUUGCAUUGCAUUUUCUAUAUUUCAGAGUUGGCUGCUGUACUGCUUGUCUCAUAUUGGAGGGAAUAUAAUCUGUGAAGGAAGAAGAAAGGAUGCCUUCUACUGUGUUAGUGAAGGGCAUACAUAAAUAAUGUACGUACCAUUCACCAGAUAUGUUUGUUUUAUCUCUUAUCUUGCUCACGUAUCCUGGCUUGUCUGUGAUUAAUGGAAAUGGUGUCAGAUGCUGGAAUUUAUUCUGACCAAUGAACAUAGCUGACUCGAGGGAGUACAAUCUCCUGAAGAGUAAUAGAAGAAAACCCAAUAUGCAUAAAAUAAAUCCAAGUCACUAGACUUUAGCUGAUAGAACCAACUACCUGUGUAAUAACAAAGCCGCAGAAGCCAUUUCUCAUGUGGCUGCAAAGCUCUGAUAUGUUUCUCAGGGCUGCUUCUUUGGUUACAAGAGACUUGGAUAAGUAAGUAACAUUGUCCAGCACAGGAGCUGCUUAACAUUUUGAACAAUGUACUGACAAAAUGGUCUUAUUUUUAAAUAAAUUAUUUUUGUUUGAAAAUGGCUUUCUGUAAAUUGAUAGAACUGCAGUCUCUUUUGACUGCUACGACCAUAUUCCUGGCAAAUGCUGACAUUUUAGUACCUGGGGUAUAAUUCUACAACUAUGCAAGAUCUGCUUUGAUCCCCUCUCCUCCAAGUUUCUGUCUUGAAAGCCUUACAGCAGAGCAGCCUUGCCCAGCCUGGUACCCUCCAGAAGUUUUGGACAACUCCCAGCAUUCCUCACCAUUGGCUAUGCUAGCUGGAGCUGAUGGGGGUUGAAGUCCAAAACAUAUGGGGGGCAUCAGGUUGGGGAAGGAUGAGACCUCAUGGGGAAUUCUUUUAUUUUGUACACCUAAGCAAAGCAAAUUUAUUUUAAGAGAAUCCUUUAUAUACUGCCCUUCCUCCCAAAGGAAAUCAGAGCAGUGCAAACUAAAAAUAGUAAAACAAAUGAUAGUAACAAAACUUACAGCAAUCAAAAUACCUAGGAUAUUUUGUGAAAUCAUUCCUAACUAGGACAGUUGUAUCUCUUAUGGGCUGCCAUAAUAUAUUGAGAUGACAUGUAAAUCCUCUGUUUCUUGAGAUUGGAACUACUCAUGAAGGUGUUUAUUCCUUCUUCCCCACCUUCUCAUUCUAAACAUUUUAAAUGCCAGUCCAGACAUUAGAACUAACAUACCGAGUUAUGUGUUUUUCUAAAUUACAGUGAUAAUUUGGAUGGGGCUAAUUUAUGGAGAAGUGAUACUGGUUUUUAAUAAUAUUGAUUUGUAAUCCAAUUGCUUCUAAUUAAGCCCCCAGCCCCCUCCCCGCAAAAACACUACCAAAGAAAAACUUACUGAGUUUUAAGUUACAUGGGAACGGAUGGGUUCAUGAAGCAUUCAUACAUUUGUGGAAUUGAAAAUCAUGCAAUUAGACUAAAUAAAUAACUAUCACUUUAA